CCUUGACCCUUAGAGACAAUUAAUAAUUAACAUUUCACAUAUAACAAUUAUAAAUCUAGACAGCAACCUCUGAAAAACAUAUAGGACAAUUAUGUUAAGGUUUUGACAGUAAUGGAGGAUUACUUUCUUACUCACAUACCUUUCUGCAUUUUAGGUGCUACAUUAUGUAAAAGUGAAGCAUUAUAUUUUGGUACUAAAUAACAUCAACACAUCAGAUUGAAGACGUAUACACAACAUGUUUUGGUGUCAUUGUUAGAAGAAGCAAUCUUUUGUUUGUUACCGAGCAGCACCCUUUUGUCAGAGAUCCUGUUAAGGGGAAUCUAAACUGAUGUCAGCUAGUGUACCUGUUCACAGUUCACUGGAAGCCUAGCACUCAAACCCAUCAAAUCCCCAUCAACAGUUCUGGAUUUUAGUGCUGUGUUGAUGUAAAACUUUCAUGUGCACCUGUUAACUUUUCACUGGUGGAGAUUACAAGACUGGUGGAAAAAACAACAUAUAUAUAGAUAUUCAAGAAUCAUUCAGGAAAUGAAAACAUCUUAUAUAAACUUGGUUGUUAGACAUGGUAAAUAGGAGCAUAGUGAUGUCCAUACAAACACUGAAUCAUCCUUCAUUUCUGGUUGGUGUUGUCUUUAGAAACAGAACUAAUACUACUCAAUACAGAACAAGAUCGUCGAAUUCGAGUAUAUCUUCAGUUUUGCUUACUGAUGAUAGUGGAAACUUUGAGGAACCAAGAUCAUCCAAUUCUUGCUUAAUGUUAAGCCAACAAAACACUAUUGGUGUUAUAGGAGGAGUAUCAGUUUUAUCAACUCUUGUUUUCUUAGAAAAACUAGCUUGUUGGGGUUCAAGGAAUGGUAAACAAUGUCCACCUUUUGUUGUCUGCAGUGAUCCUGUGUUGAGCAAGGCGCUUUCGUUACACGAUUCUUUUCCUUCUACGAGGAACAGAAUGGACCACAUCAAAUUGAAUCAAGAGCUGAUGAUUCAGAAUUUGCGGCACAAGAGAGACAUUCUUCAUCAAUCUGGAGCUCGCGGUUUGGCCUUGCCUUGUCAUCUGUCACAUGCUUGGCACAGUGAAAUUUCACAAGACAGUUCUCUACCUUUUCUUCAUGUUGGUGACUGUGUGGCCAUGGAACUCAAGAAUGCUAAGAUGAAGCCGAUGCAUGCUGCCAAUACCGUGAGGAUUGGACUCCUCACUACAGAUUCAUCCUUCGUAGUUUGUUAUUACAAGGAAAAGCUUCAAAGUCAGGGUUUUGAAGUAGUAUUGCUAGACAAAGAGACCGAGGAACACAUACUAAUUCCUGCAGUGGAGGCUUUGCAGAGAAAGGACAUAGAAGGGGCAAGGAAUUUGCUGAGAAUUGCAAUACAUGUUCUUUUGGUAAGGGGAGUGAAUGUGGUGAUUCUGGCAUCUGAUGAUUUGGUAGGGAUUCUCCCUCACAAUGAUCCUAUUCUUAGGAAAUGUAUAGAUCCAAUGGAUGCAUUGGCUAGAUCAAUUAUAAAUUGGGCAGAAACAACAUCAAAGGUACCUGGGAAAUGAUUUUAGUAUUUCUUUUCUCCCAAAAAUUUUGGCAUAAUAAUUGGACCAUUUCUGUAAAAAAAAAAAAGCAUCUCCAUGUGAGUGGGCUCAAAUACUGUCCAAUAGACCUAUCACCAAAAUCAUAUGUCCAUAUUCUCUACCCUCUCUCUGCACAGCGACUAUUGUCUUUUUCUGCUGCAGAGGCAGGAGAGGACCAUGUAAACACUUGAAGAGUUGGAUUCAAAGUAGUAGUCUACACAGUGCAACAACUACAAAAUCGUUACAUUGAAGUUAAUUUUUCUUUUCCUUUGAUCCAACGUUCCUGUACCUGUUGCACUUGUUACAACACUCGCAAGGGAUACUUUCUUAGAACAAUAAACAAAUUGCUAUGUAAUAUGAUAGGUGUAGUGGAAAUUGGGUUUUGCAUCA